AUGCCUUUCAAACCAGCAGAUAACCCUAAGUGCCCAAAAUGCGGCAAAUCAGUAUACGCAGCUGAGGAGAGAGUCGCCGGAGGACUCAAAUGGCACAAAAUGUGCUUCAAGUGCGGCCUGUGCCAGAAGUUGCUGGACUCUACCAACUGCUCAGAACACGAAGGUGAACUGUACUGCAAAGUGUGCCAUGCACGUAAAUUCGGACCAAAAGGCUACGGCUUCGGCGGUGGUGCUGGCUGCCUGUCCAUGGACACUGGUGACCACCUGAAGGCUGAGAAUGCGGGCGUAAGGACUAACGGAGCUUGUCUCGAGCCACGCGUUAUUGCCAAGGCGCCUCCUGGAGAAGGAUGCCCCCGAUGCGGUGGCUACGUAUACGCUGCCGAGCAGAUGUUAGCCAGAGGCCGGGCGUGGCACAAGGAGUGCUUCAAAUGUGGAGACUGCUUAAAACGGCUGGACUCUACAAACUGUUGCGAGGGCCCAGACAAAGAUAUUUACUGCAAAGUAUGUUAUGGCAAGAAGUUUGGUCCUAAGGGAUAUGGUUACGGAAAAGGAGCUGGUGUCUUGCAGAGUGACCCUUACGCCAAUGGUGACCAAGCACCCAAGACUACGGUAAUCGAUACCGCUUCCAUCAAAGCGCCGCCCGGCAAGGGUUGCCCCCGAUGCGGCGGUGUUGUGUUCGCAGCUGAACAAGUGCUGGCGAAGGGCCGUGAAUGGCAUCGCAAGUGCUUCAAGUGCCGCGACUGCACCAAGACUUUGGAUUCCAUCAUUGCUUGCGACGGACCUGAUUCCGAGGUUUACUGCAAAACUUGCUACGGCAAGAAAUGGGGCCCUCACGGCUACGGUUUCGCCUGUGGUUCCGGCUUCCUUCAGACCGACGGCUUGACCGAAGAAGAAAUUUCCGCCAGCCGUCCUUAUUACAACCCUGAUACCACCUCCAUCAAGGCGCCUAAGGGCCAGGGUUGCCCUCGUUGCGGCGGUAUGGUCUUCGCCGCUGAACAACAACUCGCUAAGGGCACGAUGUGGCACAAGAAAUGUUUCAACUGUGCAGAGUGCCACCGACCUCUGGAUUCAAUGUUAGCUUGCGACGGUCCCGACAAGGAGAUUCACUGCCGUGCUUGCUACGCCAAGCUCUUUGGACCUAGAGGAUUUGGAUAUGGCCAUGCCCCUACUCUUGUCUCCUGUGACUCUGAGCCCGCUAUUACAUACACGGAGCAGCUUCCUUUCACUGGCCAGAAAGCAGCCAAGGGCCAGGGCUGCCCUCGUUGUGGGUUCCCAGUCUAUGCUGCUGAACAAAUGCACUCCAAGAAUGGCACAUGGCACAAACGGUGCUUCUCAUGUGCGGAAUGCCAUAGAUCUCUUGAUUCAACCAACUUAAACGACGGACCCAACGGAGAAAUUUACUGCCGAAGUUGUUACGGCAGGAACUUUGGUCCUAAGGGUGUAGGUUUCGGAAUGGGCGCAGGCACAUUGACCAUGGCAUAA